GCUUUUCAUAUUAACAGCUUAAUUCAGAGGGUGGCAUGAGGUUCUCCUUAAGAGCUACCUUAGAAAUCCAGUGUAUUGGUUGAACUCUUGCUUUUAUGGUAAUUUCAUUAUUAAAUUGAAACAGAUCUGAAAACAUAGAAUGGUGGACAAACAUCACAGAUGAAAGGGGCAGCCAGCUGUGUGCCUGGGCCUUUGAUGCUGUCUGAUGGGAGAGCCUGGAGCCUCUGGAUGGGAAAACACAUCUCUGCUCUCCCAGUGCAGGACCCCUUCUGCUUCUGAUCAGCAUCAUCUGUGCUGCUCAGUAUGUGUCAGGGGGCAAAUUGAGGGGCUUCUCUCAAGGCAUGGUAAUUUGAUGAGAUUUUUCACGUUGCCUUCUCUUGAGAUCAAGCUGUUAUCCUGUUUUGCCACUGUGCAUUUGCUUCUUGCUUUAGUGGUUUAGCUUAGUGACUUUUAUGCAUUUUAUUUUUGAUUUUUUUUAUUAAAUUAAUCUACUUAUACUUGUACUGAUAGAAUAUCAGUGUCUUAAUUCUUCUGAACCCACAGCAGCUGUUGCUUUUGCCUUGGACAUGUCUAAGAUCUAAUAUGAGAUUUGAUGUAUCAUGUUGUUUUUCUUUCGUUCCCUUUCUUUGCUGGAUUAUUUUUCUCCAACAAAUAUGCUGUAACAAGUUGCAUCCCAGGAUGCUUAGCUUUUAUUAAGGACUGUGGGAAACUUCAUGGAGGAAAUAGAGGUCUGAAUCCUUCUGCAAAGGAAAUAACUCUUCACUCUAGCCCAUGUUUAUCAUAUUUUGAUUUCUGGCCCCCGAGUGCCCACAUUUCCUACUCACAUGGCAGGAACUGCCCAAGGAGAGCAGAGCAUUGAACCCAGUGGAGAUGAGACUGUCUUAAAUCACUUCAAAAGGGAUCCACAGGCUGAACUGCUUUAAUAAACUUUCCAGCUUACAGUUUACAGUGUUGAACAGAUUUUUUUCUUUUUUUUUUUUUUUUUUUUUUUUAUGAAAGGGUUCACAAGUAAUUCUCAGUAAAAGUAAUGAAUGCCUGAAAAUCACCUUAUAAGUCCAAUAAGGACAGUCUCUGGCAUAGGUUUAGCUCCUUUUCUGCUAGUAAGUAAUCAGACUGUGUUCAAAAAGUGGAAACAGAGAUGUCUAAAUUUCUUUAACAUCUUUCUUCCAGGAGGAAAUCAGCAAAUGAGUAGAGAUGGAUGUGAGGGUGGUCUACUGCCUGUUCCUUUGGGCUGCACACUUCUUCCUGGCCAUGCCACACACCACUCCCAGGGUUCUCGGAAACAAAUCAGAGACUGGUGAUGAGCAAGAUGCCUGCAUAAAUCUCAUUCCCUGCCAAGAUAAUGGAGCAAUUUGUAUUCAGCCUUGCUCUCCCUCCUUCCAUGGGGAGACGAGGUUUGUCUGUGAGGACAGAAAGUGGCAGAUGUUGUCAGAUGCUUGUGCAAGCCUGGAUGUUCAGUCCCUUUUUCAGAGGAUAUCCCAAAGUGAACUCCCAUGCUCUGGAGAACAUCUUCCUUUUGUAGGAGGAGGAAAGCUAGGGCAUGGGAAGCCUGGAGAUGGAGCAAAGCAUUUUGGUGCUGGGAAUCACAGCUGCCAAGCUGAUUUUUCAUGCAUCAUCCCAGAUAUCCUGUCUUCACCAGCCAUCCCAGGAAACAUUGCUGAUAUAGUGGAAUUGCUAAAGAAGAUUUCCCUUCUGCUAUCAGAGAAUGUCACUAGAGGAAAAAUGCAGAGCUACAGCAGGAUAGCAAACCAUAUUCUGAACAGUUCCAUCAUUUCCAACUGGGCUUUUGUAAAGAACAAAAAUGCUGGUUCAAUAUUACUGGAUUCAGUGAAUUUAUUUGCUGGGAAACUUCUUCUAAGAAAUGGGUCAGAAAGUAUCCAGGAGCCCUUCAUCGCUACCAAAGGCUACAGCAUACACAGAAACACUUCAAGAAAGAGCUUUGACUUUUCCAUGGAGUUCAAUAGCACAGGCAAUAUUACUGGGCAGGUGGUGAUUCCAGAGGAAGAGCUGCUGAGGUUGCCCAGGGCUUCCAAAGCCAUCAGCGUUGCAUUUCCAACACUCGGAGCCGUCCUAGAGACCACCCAGCCGGACCCCGCUUUUGUGAACGGGAUGGUGCUGUCGGUGUCGCUGCCCGAGGAGCUCCAGAACAUUUUACUCACCUUUGAGAAGCUGAACAAGCUGGAGCAGGUGGGGGCUCAGUGCGUGGGGUGGCACUCGGCCGAGCGGCGCUGGGACCCGCGGGCGUGCGAGGUGCGCGCCCACAACGUCACCGCCGUGGUUUGUGUGUGCGCCCACCGGCGCCGCGCCUACAGCGCCUUCUCCAUCCUCAUGGCCCCGGCCGCGCCGCGCAGCUCGCUGCUGGAUGCCAUCACACGGGUGGGCCUGGGCCUGUCCAUUCUCAGCCUGGUCCUCUGCCUCCUCAUCGAGGCUGUGGUCUGGCACCACGUCACGAAAACCGAAAUAACCUACAUGCGCCACUUCUGCUUGGUCAACAUCGCUGCCUCGCUUCUCGUCGCAGAUAUCCUGUUCAUCCUGGCAGCCAUUGUGCACAAUGCAGCCCUAAACUACCAGCUGUGUGUGGCAGUCACUUUUUUCCUUCACUUUUUCUAUCUUGCCCUGUUUUUUUGGAUGUUUACCCUGGGCCUCUUAAUUCUCUAUGGAUUAUUAUUAAUUUUUUUUAAGAUAACAAGAUCUGUAUUCUUAGCUGCGGCAUUCUCUAUUGGAUAUGGAUGUCCCUUGGUUAUAUCUAUCCUCACUGUUGCUAUUACUGAACCGAAAAAUGGGUAUUUAAGGAGUGGAGCUUGCUGGCUCAAUUGGUAUGAGACAAAAGCCCUUUUAGCUUUUGUUAUACCUGCCCUGAGCAUCAUUGUUGUGAAUCUCAUUGUGGUGGUCGUGGUUAUGGUGAAGACUGGGAGAUCCUCCAUUGGAGAAGGCUGCAAGUCACAGGAUUUGAGCAGCGUGAUCCGAAUCAGCAAAAACGUUGCCCUUCUGACACCUCUGCUGGGCCUCACCUGGGGGUUUGGGUUAGCCACAAUCAUCGACAGCCGCUCUCUGGCCUUCCACAUCGUGUUUGCACUGCUGAACGCCUUCCAGGGAUUCUUCAUCCUGUUGUUUGGGACACUUCUGGACAGAAAGACAAGAGAAGCCUUAAGGAUGAACUGCCUUUCAUCAAGGCGGAAGUGGGGUCUAGAAAAGGUAAAGUUUAUUUAUUUUCCCACUAAUGGCUAAUUUACCAAUUUACAAACCUUAUUUAUAUGUUGGAAGAAUAGAACCAUCCACUACAUCUUAUACCAGGUAACAUUUUUCAAAUUAAAAUUCUUGCUGAAGGACAUACAUGUAUCUCAAAAGUCUGCUCAGGAUAUUAAGCUGCUGAAGAUCAGAAGUGGCAAUCAAUAAAUUUUGGUGAUUCCUGCAUAACCUACUGCUGUGUUUACAAAGUUAAAAGUAGUAUUUUUAACCAAUCUCUUCACCUGCAACUGUCAAAUCCCUUUUUGUAGACAGUCCCAGUAACUUUUUUCCCCCCAUAUUAGAUUUACUUUAAGGUCACUGAAUAAGGAAGGAACAGAAUUAGGAAUCAGAAAUCCCAAUAUAAUGACCUGUUUGCUGCCUUCACAAAAAUAUGGAUGUGUAUGCCAGCAGGGCUGCUUUAGGAUGUCAGAGGAUUGUUCUACUUUCAUCUGAGGGAUGGAAACCACUCAGAGCCAGUGUGUUUGGUGCUAAUUGAUGUGCACUCAUGAGAGCUUAAGGUUCUUUUAAAUAUCAGAACAAUUCAUUAAAGCAAUUCAACCUUAAGGAAACAAACCGUGUUUUAGCAGCUUCCUACAAAAUCUUUGGCAGAAUUGAAGUGUUGACAUCACUGAGCUGGUGUUUCCUACCUCUGCUGGAAAACUUUUGUCUGUUGUCCUUAGAUUUCUUUUGGUACCAAGGCUUAGUUGUUUCACACAGUAUUUAUAAAAGGGAAUGCCCUUUAGGUGUCUCAAGAAUUACCUGCAGUGUUUUUGCUGUCUGCCAAAAGAAACUGUGUCAGUCCAGUUUGGAUAUGGAAAAGAUAAUUUCUUUGCCUUUUUUCCAGUCUAUUACUCAGUUAUGAUCCUUGUAUUGAAGCUGCAGAGGGUCUUCCAGUGACUCUGUGUUCAAAUGUACAUGGCUUAUGAGGGGAAAAUAAAGGGUUUAAGGCAGCUAUUCCUCCUCACUGAAAUGGGUCAUUUGGGGCAGGAGAGACUGUGCAACUUGGAGAUUAAAAAUCUUUUACAGAUCCAGGAAGAUCCAGUAAAGAUGUUUCACACCUUGUCAGGCAUUAGGUCAGGAUUGAAAGUUUGAAAGUUAAAAUUCCCUCAAAACACCAUCAAUGUAAUAGUCUGGUAACAAUAGAUGGAAAUGUCACUAAUCCCAUGACUCAGCAACAUUUGAUAAAAAUAUUGAGUGAUGUCACUGGGCAAAACUUGAUGUAGAAACUAUGGCUGUGUGUGCUUGGGAAUUUGGGUCGAUGUUGUCACUCACCUGGGUGGAAGAAACCACGAGUAGGUGUUUACUGUGGCAUAACAGAGGGGAAAGAUGUGAGUCAUCCACUUUUGUAAACUUGAGUGUAAACACGGAGUUUGAGCUGGAUAAGUUUGUCACACUGGAGAUGAUUG